AUGGUUAUUGUAGUUGUUGCAGUUGUCCUAGUAACAAUCAUCUUCAUGCCCUACAAGAAGAUUUACAAACCUGAGCCCCAAAAGGAAGGAACAACUGCCUCUUCAUCUCCACCAGAUGUAAUUAUAGAGGGGAAAGCUGGUGCUCAACAAAUACAGGAUCAUUUAGGUUUAUCUUCAAACGUGCAAGUGGUGCCUUUUAUAGCAGAAGCAGAAACAGGAAGAAUUGUAGAGAUGCACGCAGGUCUCUCCUCCAACCAGCAACUAUUCCUCGAGCCUACAGAAAUUUAUACAAACCUCUCGCUUGAUGAUAUAUUUUACAUUAAAAGGCAUUGCCGUGAGUCUCGUCCAGUUCGUGAAGGAAGCUUUGCACGAGUUUAUAAGAUGAACUUCGACGGUAUAGAUUUGGCUAUAAAGGAAAUAGAACAUAAAUCCCCUCACACCAAAAGAUGGGUAGAGAAUGAAGUUACUCUUCUACUGGGAAAGGAGCACAUAAACAUUAACAAGCUGUGUGCUUGGUGUAUAGAAGCAAACAUAUCCUACUUGGCCUACAUGUAUAUAGAUGGAUGUUCUCUGGAUGCCUACUUGAGAGGAAAUUGUACAGGGUUUUCCUACAGCUGGAAACAGAGCUUGAGCAUGAUAAUGGGUAUAGCCAAGUGA